UCUCUCUGCAUGUUCUCAUGGAAUCUCAGAAUCUCAAACAACGAAUUAGAGAUGAAUCCACCAAAAACACAACUAAUGUUGACAACAGCAACAACAACAUCAACAAGAACAGGAGAGCCAAGAGAACGGUCAUGGCGAAACGCGGCCUUCGUUCAUUAACCCUCGCGGUUGCCUUCCCUCUCUCUCUAACCCUCUUCACAAUCUACUGCUCUGCAGGUUCCGGUAGCAUUCAUGGCAAACUAGCGAAGAAGCCUUUCUUCUGGGCUUUACACUUGGCUUCUCUGGCUUCUUCUUUCCUCAUGGGUCUCUCCGCUUGGCUUGUUUGGGCCGAGGGUGGGUUUCAUCGUCAGCCCACUGCUUUGUAUCUAUAUCUAGCCCAACUCAUUCUGGGCCUUUCUUGGGCCCCCAUCACAUUCACUUAUGGAGCAACUAGGUUUGGGUUAAUCGUAUGUGUUUCCCUCUUUGGGGCUCUUGUAGGUUGUUCUCAAAGCUUUAGGAGAAUGAAUCCAAUCGCUGCUGAUCUUGUUAAGCCUUGUUUGGCUUGGGUAGCCUUCAUGACAAUUGUAAAUUUUAAGCUUCUUUACGUUUGAAGUUGGCUAUUUGGUUUUUUUUUUU